AUGAUGUUGAUGAAGAAUCCCAUCUUCUCCAAGAACCACCAUCUAGCAAACUACCACUACGCAGGAUCAGACUGCUGGACUGUGGAUGAAAAAAGAUGCUUCAACAAGGGAAUUUCUGCUUACAGGAAAGAUUUCUUCUUGGUGCAAAAACUGGUGAGGAGUAAAACAGUGGCACAGUGUGUGGAGUUCUACUACACCUAUAAGAAACAAGUAAAGGUUGGCCGUAGUGGCACAUAUACAUAUGGACCUUCAGACCCAGAGGAUAACAUCUCUGUGAUUCAUGUGAAACAAGCGGAGGAAGAAAAUAAUAGUAGACAACAGGAGGGAACACAAGACAAUGUGGAUGGCAGUCUACAAGAUGUGACCAAGGCACUUCAGGACAAUGAAAAUGAGAGGGCAGCAGUGGCUCAUGAGGAGCAGAAGAACAGCUCUGUGGAAGUGCCUUCUGGCCUGAUGCCAGCGGCUCAGCCCCCCUUCAAAACUCCUUCCCCUGCACCUCCAAAGCCUGACAAUACCGGGAAGAAAAACAGGGCCUCAACUGGCAACAAAAGUCAGGGAGAGCCGGAGGGUGUUUUCCCUUGCAAGAAGUGCAGUAGGGUGUUCUAUAAGGUGAAGAGUCGCAGUGCUCACAUGAAGAGUCACGCCGAGCAGGAGAGGAAGGCAGCAGCACAGUGCCAAAGAGAAGAGGAGGAGCGGGCCGCUAAAGCAAGGCAGGAGAUGCUCGAGGCAGCAAGGAGGAAGGAGGCACAAAGAGGAGGACAAGAAGAGAGUAGUGGAGCUGAGGAAAGCUCAGUAGAGCUGGAUGAUAAGCAGGAUGAGGACUGGCAUUGAGCAAGUACAUGACUCUUUUAGUACUCUUCUUUAGUACCAGUUUGUACCAAAAAUUAGCAACUUGUGCAUCCCAGUUAAGGGCAGUUGGGAUGUUUGAAAUUAUAAAAUGCCUUUUAAUUUUUACCAAAAUUUUAUAAGAACUUUCCUUUGGUAUAUAUUUUUUUAUAUAUGAAUAUAUGACACAUGAUAAAUAUGACAACACAUGUAAAAAAGGUUUGCUGAGCUGAUUGCUGAGCUUUUCUAGAAGCGUACACCCAUUCAGUUAGAUUUUGAUCAAAGUACCCGAACAAAUUUUGAUUGCCUUCAGUGAGAUUGAAUUUUUUUAUUUAUUUAUUUUUUUACAUGGGUUUAUGUAAUAUACAUCAUAUGUACGUAAGAACACAAACUAAAAUUCCCCUCAUCUAUCUAUGGAUAAUUUCAACUAAAUAUUUCUUGUGCAUGAAAUGUAUAUAAUGCAUAGAAAUAUAUAUGUUGACCUUUGUGUAUUAUAUUGUGUACAAUAUUGAUCCUGUUGUAUUUUUUUUUUCUUUCUGUACUCUAAACGUAAACGAAUGUUUAUUUAUGUUUUGAAUGCACUUAAAGAGGAGUGGAAUAUGUAGGAUUAAGGGAUUUUUAUAAAAACUCGCAUGUAAAUAAAAUCUGAAGUUUAGAAAAUCACAACAAAAACAUUUUGAACACAGCCAAUUUCAUCACAUUUUUCACACUUUGUUGACUAUUUGCUAUAUUUCAUAAAUGUGUGCACUAUAAA